AUUGAGCGGCUGCAUUGCUAACUGUACUACUAAAUGAUCUGAAAUCUUCUUCUCUUGCAGCCUAUAAGUACCCCAUGCCAUUGCUCACCUCUAAAGCACAAAGCAUUCAAGCAACUAGGUAUCUAGCUAAGCAGUGGUGUGAUCAGUAGGAAGUUGCAGGUGGGGGAUAUAUCACCAAUGGCUCCGGUCAGCAUCUCCGACGAGCGCGCCGUCUCGGUGUCGGCGGAGCGGGUGUGGAAGGUCUUCUCCGACGCGCCCGCCAUGCCCAAGGUUUGUGCCGGCUUCAUCGACGCCAUUGAGGUCGAGGGGGAUGGCGGGGCGGGCACUGUCACCACCAUGAAGCUCAACCCUGCUGUGGAUGAUGGGGGGUCAUUCAAAACACGUGUGGUGGCACGUGACAACGCAGCUCACAUUAUCAAGUCAGAGGUUCUGGAUGUGCCGGCCGGAAGUAAGGUGGGCAAGCUCAAGUCGCACGUGACAGAGACGAAGAUCGAGGCCGCCGGUGCCGGCUCUUGCUUGGCCAAGAUAAACGUGGAGUAUGAGCUCGAGGACGGCGGCUCACUGUCGCCGGAGAAGGAGAAGCUCAUCCUCGACGGCUACUUCGGCAUGCUCAAGAUGAUCGAGGACUACCUCGUCGCUCACCCUACCGAGUAUGCUUAAAAAUUGUCAUAAACCAAAAUAAUAUACAUCCAUCUCCGUAUUGCUGCUUCCUGAUAAUUAAAUAAUGUGAGCCACGACAAAUCCAAUCUUUUGUGGUGUUUGAUUUUGUGAGAGUGAUUUGUGUUUGAGGUUAUGUAAGAAAUAAAUCAUAAUUGUGAUCGUGUUCUAUAUGUGUGCAAAUGAACAUGUUUGCUGCUGGGAGAUCA